GCCCAGGCGAAGGGGGGCGCCGCGUCCAAGCAGGGCUCCAUCGGGGGCCGGACCUCCUGCUCGCUGUCGCGGGAGCUGAGGCCGCCGCCUCAGGAGGCGAUCGCCGAGACGCUGUACGGCCGCGGUCUGCUCGGGAAAUCCUGCGAGUUCCGGAGCGACUGCGACGAGGCCUUCCGCCUGCACAGCGCCUCCCUCGAGGAGCAGGCGCUCCACCGCCAGGGCUGCCGCCGCGCCGCCCAGGAGCUCCAUCGUCGCAAGGCAGCCCUCUGGCGAGAGGGCUACGAACGCAAACGACAGGUCUGCGAGUUGCGCUGGCGGUGCCGAGACGCCAGCGUCAGGGAGCGCUUCGGGAGCGGCUCGCCCGGGCAGCACGAGCAAGAG